CACUCAACCUGUCUGUGAUAUAAAGCAACACACGAGAACUCGCUACGGAUGAUUUUCACGCGAAAAAAUGUCUUCGUCGGAUAACAACACAAAGAAACGCGGUCGAGAGGAUGACAAUGACUUUGCUGCUCCGCUCUCGAAACGUAUCAAUAAUCUGCAUUUGACGCAAAAUCAUCAGCAGCAGCAACAAACAUCACAAAAUGGGCAUCAUUCGGCGCCAAAUGUCAUCGAAGACGAAGACCAACCCAUGGAUUACGAGCCAUACAACCCGGAAUUGACUGAGGAGGAGAAUCCGCUGUACUAUAGGAAGAACAAAUUGCUGUACGAGUUGCACAUGGAACGACGAGGCAGACAAUCGUGACCAACGUUGAAUUUUUCGCUAUUUCCCCAAAUUAUUUCUUAAGCACACUAGAUUAGUUGCGUCUUCUGUGAGAAAUUCGCCGCAAAAAUAUUAAAAAAUAUUUUUU